AAUACCUCUGUACAGAAUGCUGAUAAAUUUUGACUGAGUUCAAGCAUAUGCUGCACAACAUGUGAAAAGUCAUAUAUCUUAUUGUCAGAGACAUUACUUUUGGUGUGUGUAUUUUUCUUAGCCAAACCUUGAACCGGUAACAAAAUUUACAGUCAGGAUAAGAGGCUGUCAUCAUUAUCAGACCAUCAGUAGUUUUCUUCGAAUCGAGUGGAGCCGUAGCAGCACAGAUUUUCAUUGUGUGUCAGUAUCAGAGCAGCUGUGUGCAGCAGCUUCUAUUGUGAUGUAGCACAAGCGAUCACGAAAUGACAGAUAUCAAGAUCGUACCGCUUGGGGCUGGCCAAGAUGUUGGUCGGUCAUGUAUUUUGGUCACCAUAGGAGGAAAGAACGUUAUGCUUGAUUGUGGUAUGCACAUGGGCUAUCAAGAUGAGCGUCGAUUUCCAGAUUUCUCUUACAUCGGUGGCGGAGGAAAGCUGAACGAUUACUUGACAUGCGUAAUCGUCUCUCACUUCCACCUGGAUCACUGUGGUUCCUUACCACAUAUGAGCGAAAUUGUUGGUUUUGAUGGGCCUAUCUAUAUGACUUACCCAACGAAAGCUAUAGCUCCAGUUUUGUUGGAAGAUUACCGCAAGGUGCAGACAGAGUUCAGAGGAGACACCAAUUUCUUUACAUCCGCCAACAUAAAGGCCUGCAUGAAAAAGGUUAUUGCUGUUAACCUCCAUGAAACCAUACAGGUUGACAGUGAGUUGUCAAUCCGGGCGUUCUAUGCUGGACAUGUACUAGGUGCAGCAAUGUUUGAGAUUCGCGUUGGUCACCAGAGUAUAUUGUAUACAGGUGACUACAAUAUGACUCCCGAUCGUCAUCUCGGUGCUGCCAGAGUGCUGCCCGGAUUGCGGCCAGAUUGUUUGAUUUCUGAGUCCACUUACGCUACCACAAUUCGUGACUCAAAAAGAGCCCGAGAAAGGGAUUUUCUAAGGAAAGUGCAUGAUAGAGUGAUGGCAGGAGGAAAGGUUCUUAUUCCAGUUUUCGCGUUAGGACGUGCUCAAGAAAUGUGUAUCCUUCUUGAAUCCUACUGGGAAAGGAUGGACCUCAAAAUACCUAUUUAUUUUUCUCAGGGUCUAGCAGAACGAGCGAAUCAGUACUACCGCUUGUUCAUAAACUGGACCAACGAAAAGAUCAAACGGACGUUCGUUGAGAGGAAUAUGUUUGACUUCAAGCACAUCAAGCCGUUGGAUAAAGGCUAUGAGGAAAUGCCGGGAGCUAUGGUGCUGUUCUCAACUCCAGGUAUGUUACAUGGUGGACAAUCCCUGAAAGUGUUUCGUAAAUGGUGUCAUGAUCCCAGAAAUAUGAUAAUCAUGCCAGGUUAUUGCGUAGCGGGUACUGUGGGAGCAAAAGUAAUAGGGGGGAUGAAGAAGAUUGAAAUCGAAGGAAAAAUGCACGACAUAAAUCUAGCUGUGGAAUACAUGUCAUUUAGCGCACAUGCUGAUGCUAAGGGAAUCAUGCAGCUGAUAAGAGAUUGUCAACCCCGCUGUGUGAUGUUCGUUCAUGGAGAAGCUGCAAAGAUGGAGUUUCUUAAGGGAAAAGUUGAGAAGGAGUUCCAUGUACCUGUCUUGAUGCCAGCUAAUGGAGAGUCUGUAGUGAUCCCAGGAAUUGCAACACUGGAGGUUGACGUCCCUCAUGAUAUCGUACAAAGAUGCAUUGACCUCGAUCCAACUCCUUCGAAGAAAGCGUGCCCAUUUUCUGCCUGUUUGAUUAUGGAUAAGCAGAAUGGUCUCGAAGUGAUUUCUUGCGAGGCAGCUGCUAAUAAAUUACAAAUGGGUCUUCAUACUAUCACUCUGUCGCAGCUGAUAAAAUCACGUAAUCCGGUCGAUUGGAGAGCCCUCUCCGAGGCUCUGACAAUCCAUGACAGCAAUCUUCAGCAUAAGCAAGACGGAAUAGAGCUCUUCCAUGGUGAAAUAUGCGUUUUACCAGUAAAAGGAGACGAAAAUCAGGUGGAGCUGAUCUGGGAUGAGUGCCGAGAAGCCUGGCAAUCAGUGAUCAUGCAGACUAUACAAGAAACGCUCAGCAAGCAGCCUGUAGGCAUAACAUGA